AACCCCCUUCCAAGCCCCCUUCUCUCUAUGCCUCAUCCGGGAAAUGAGGGUAAGUAACUCUCCCUGCCUUCUGUGGAGGGGGUGGUUGUAGGGAGCCCUGGUUUCCAGGUUGGGGGACUGUUUGGACAAGGAGAUUCCACGAGGUGUGGCAGAACUGUCACUGGGGUUGCCUGGACCCAGGGGCUGCCUCCUCCUUCCGCGGCCCCUCCCUGGCCAGGCCCUCCUCCAGUGGGGGUGGGGUGUCACUGCUUGUCUGGCAGCAGCAGCUAAUUGUUCUCUUUAGACCCCUCCCUGGUGAUGCCCAAUCCUUGGGGCCAGCAGAUUCAGCCCCUAAACCUGUCCAACCAGUUGUUUGGAAGAAGGGGGCACUGGGAGGGGUGGAGUUGCCAGAAGCAGCCUCCCCCAGCCCAGCACAGACAACCGAGCCUCUGGGGCUCUGGACGCUGCAGACAGACCCUCGGACAGACAAACGGUCGGACCCCUGGCUUGGCCAUGGGGCUCAGUGGGGGACAGUCUCUGCUGCUGAUGCCACUGUGGCUGCUGCUGUCCUGCCUCCAGCUGGGGACCAGCCUGGAGCGCAUCGGCUAUGUGCCCCAGCUCUCCAGCGCCACCCUGGCAGGGAGACUCACCCAGUCCACCCUCACACUGGAGCAGCCGCGGGGCCAGUUCAGUCACCUCAACAUCUCCGACUUUGAUGCCAUCUGGCUGGUGGUGGCCCACAGCAAAGCCUCCCAGAACUUCACUGCCCCACAGAGGGUAGAGGACACCCCGGUCCCUGCCAGCUUCUCCCAGAGGGGCUACUACCUCACGCUGAUGGCCAACCGGGCACUCUACCCGGGCGACCGGCCCGGCAAGCAGCUCCGGGUCCUCCGUGUCGGCAAUGAUACCCGCUGCUCCCCCAGGACAAGGGGCUGCAACCACCCCCUGCCAGGCCCCGGCCCCUACCGAAUGAAGUUCCUGGUGAUGAGUGACAGGGGACCCGUGGCUGAGACAGAGUGGUCCAGUGAGACCCGACUGCAGCAAGCUGAGGCACUCCAGGCUGUCCCGGGGCCCCAGAGUGCAGGCACUGUGGUCAUCAUUGCCAUCCUAUCAGUCCUGCUGGCAGUCCUCCUCACCGCCCUCCUCACCCUGCUCAUCUACACCUGCUAUGACACCUGCGGGAGCACGCCCAUCUCGGGCCCAGGGGAGCCGGUGUGCGUGAGAAGAUAUGACACCCACCACGUGUGCAGCCCUCCAGCUGCGGGGGGCUCCUGAGGGGCUCCAGGGGGCCCCCAUCUGCCACUCAGCUUCACCCUGCAGAGCCUGGUCUGGGGGCCUGCCCUGCUGCUUCAGAGCCCUGGGAAUGUUUCCAAAAGAAGGUUGAGGGGAGGGUGUCCUCAGCCCACAGCUUGGGCCUG